AAAAAAAGAAAAUUAUGAAGAUAAUUUUCAAUUGAAACGUGGAAGACGUCAAUUGACAGUUGAUGAUCAUCUUCCAAUUGUACCUGAACAACGUUCACAAUUUGGUCAAGUUACUUCACGUAUACAUAUUAAUCAAUUAUGUGAUAUAAAUCGACAAGUUGUUCGUCGUCAUGUACAAGAAAAUGAAAUUAGUGAAGACGAACAUCGUUCAAAAGAAGUCUAUGAAAUUCAUACACGUGGUGCCUGUAAAUGUCUUGUUGUAUCAUAUGAAGAAAAAACUCAACAUGGUGCUGAAACACGUUUUGAAAAACAACUUCAACGUAUUGAACGUACAUAUACAAAUGAAGAUUUAAAAUCAACUGAAUUACAUAUUAUUGUGACUUCGUCCGAUGGUGAUUAUCAAUUAGUAAGACGUGAUUAUGGUUUAAAUAGUCAAAAUGAUGAUGAAAAAGAAAAUCAAAACAAUCAUAAUAAAUCAAAACCACCAACAAUAUCAAUACAUUAUUAUACAAAAGAGGGACAUCGUAUGAGAACUGAACAUGCAAGACGUCUAGAACAUUUACCAGUUAUUAUUCGAUGUGAAAUUGAAUAUGAACUUAACCAUUAUGGUAGUGCUCAAUUAAUAAUACUAUCUGUAACAGGUAGUGAACGUCGUCAUAUGUGUACAUCAUUGAAAAAAGAAAUAGUUAAUGAAAUUGUAUCACGUUCAGGUGGUCGUUUAUCAGCUAGUAGUACUGAAUUAGAAGAAGAAAUAACAAGACAAUUUUCUGAACCAACACAUCUUUUACGUCUUGUUGAUUAUUCUUCACGUGAUGAUUGUAAUCAAACAAAUGCAACUGAUUUACGUCGUGUAACACGUAUUGAUGUAACAACAUCUUUACGACUUGUACAACGUUAUCGAACAGUUGUACAUCGCCUUUGUCAAUUACAUCGAUCACAUUUAAUGCUAACACAACAAGCUGAACAACAACGUCAUUUAAUCUUAGUUGCAAAUGAUGAUGAAUAUUAUUUAUUAGAUUUAUCAUCACAUGUAGCAAGUAUGUCAGCAAAUAUCUUAAAUAUUCGACAACGACAACAUGAUAUAUUCAAACGAGAAGUUAAUAAUGUUGUUCAUCAACCAUUUGAUUAUGCUAAAUAUCGUCGUGAUGCUGAACAACAACAACGUAUACUUGAACAACGACAUCAACAAAGACAAAUGGAACAAAAACAACAAUAUCAACAAAAAUUCAAGAAAGGUCCACCACCACCAGGAGAUCCAUCAGAAGCAGAAUUUUAUCUUGGUGCUGAACGUCGUGCAUUAAUUGAACGUGAAAUUCAUUCCAUGCGUGAAGCAAUACGUCCACAUGAACAUGCUCCACCACGUUGCAAACGUGAACCAACACGUCGUUCAUUAUCAAUUGGUUAUACAGGUGCACAACGUUAUGUACGUGCACGCAUUAUUCACGUGAAAGAUUUUUAUGAUGACAAACAAAAACAACAACAACACCAUCAACGAGAUGCAAAAGAACAAGAAUUAUUUGUUCGUGUUGAUGAUUAUAUUAAUGAAUCAGCAGCAAAUUCUCUACGUCGAUCCUAUUCAACAGAUUAUUUACAAGAAGAUGGACCACGUUCAAGAAUUCGUUAUAUACGUAUACCUGGAGAAACAAUUAAAAUUGAAGAAAAAACAACUUAUGAAUACAAAGGAGUUAUGUAUGCAAAUUUACCAUAUUCAUUGAGAUAUUGGAAUAUCCUUUAUAUUCUUGAUCGUGAAGCUCGUCAAGGUCGUCCACUUGGCUCAGCACUCCCUCAUAUUAUUGUCAAUGAUCCAUAUCGUACAGUAAUACCACCAUUGACACAACAAGAAAUUCGUCAAACAGCUCAACAAAUUCUUUCACCACAAUAUAAUGCAAAAUCAUAUACAGAUCAAACAUUACGCUGGUUUUUAUCAAGAGAUAAUCGUACUGAAAUUGAAUCAGCAAAAUAUUUGCAUACUCUUCAUCAUCAUCGUACACAACUUAAACAACAAAAACAACAGUUACGAAAUCAACAAAGUAGUACUCAUAUUCAAGGUGGCGGACAAACAGCUACAGCAAACAAUUAUACUGUUACUGAAACAGUUGUCCGAUAUGAAAAAUUGCCUGAUCGUCUUGUGCCAGUGCCAAUAAAUGAUUUAGCAAAAUCAAAAGAACAUAUUAAUCAUCGAUCACCGUCAAAUCCACGUACACCUCAUCUAACUAAUUCUAUGGCUACACAAACACAACGUUCACAAUCUCAACCACGUCCAUCUUAUGGACCAAAUGCAUUUUCUCAGGGUCCCGUUUUUCGAACACCACCCCCACCACCAUCACCAUUACUACACCCACAAAGAGCACAGCUACCAUUAAUGAAUUUACCAUUAUCACGACAUCAAUCCGUACAUGAAUUAUAUGCUGCUACUCCUUUUUCUCAUCCACCUUCACCCUCACCAUCUCUUCAUAGUUUACACAGUAAUCAAAAUCAUCCCCAACUAUGUAAUACUCGACGACCCGUUGCAUUUAAUAAUCGUUUUACAGCACCACCACCACCCCCUCAGCAGCAACAACAACAACACCCACACCCACAACAAAAGCAGCCACAAAAUCCUUUAUUUACUGAAAUAAUUGACAGUCAAACAGGUCGACGAAUUUUAACGACCAGUCAAGAACAAUUACCGAGCGAAGUACUCGGUCUUUUAGAUAAAUAUAAUUUAAGAAAAUUUUAA